UGUCCAUAUGAUGGAUGAUUUAAUUUGAGUGCUAAAUGGAUCAUACGAAGUACGCUAAGCGCAUGUAUGUCAUCUACGGCAGAUAAUACAACCGUAGAACUCUUAGUUGUGCUUAGAAUGGAGUUCACAGUCUAUAAUCAAAAACCACAUUUCUGCCCCUGCUCAACCCUUUUUAACCGAUACUUCAAGUCGGCCAACGGUAUAAAUGUAGUUUGGUACACUCCUGUACCGUGGCGCCUCUUUUUGUUACCAAGUGUACUACCAACUUCAUCCGGAUUGCUUCAUUCGGUCGCCUUUGUCUCGUUCUAUCAGUGCCUGAGAUGCCUGUCUGGAAGAGCUUCACACGGACUCGUGCACGCUGUAAUACCCUUCAAUGUUACACACUACAUCAAGCACCUUGACAUACCUGCACACAUGGGCGUGACUAUGGACGCACUAAUACGAGUGGCGCGAUGUAGACAGGAUGGGGUGUUGUGUGCGAAGUCCCGUAGUCAUAGGCGUACACGACCCAAGGCUACGUACGAUAUGCCGGAUGUACAAUCUUUUCACGUGGACAACACAUACGUGCGGAAGUGCAUGUGUUUUCAAUGCACCAAGACCAUCGUGACAAAAUUUGAAUACAAUACGAUAGUAUCGCAUAUAUAUGUAAAGUUGAAUGCACAUAUCUGUGGUAUAUGUGUAUCCGUAGUAUGCGAUACACAUACACAGCUCCCACCUGAGUGAACUCGGCAUGACCCUGCAAGCAUCCCGCCCUCGUCAUCGUAUGCAGCCCUAUAGGGAUACAACCAAGGCUGUGCCAUCGCGAUACUGGCGAACUCCAUCUGGUAUUGGGCAUUGCCUGCUAAAACAUAGAACCCAGACCGUCCAACCACUUUACAAAGGCACCACACGCAGCACACAUGUCAAGCUACAGCCGAGCCGACAGGCCAAUAA